GCGCCGGAAAACCCGGAAGUGUCGGCAGACUUAGUCGAUUAAGUUUAUCGUUUGCAAAUUCUCCUUUCAGUUGACUCUCGACGGAGAGAAGCUGUCGGCAAGAAAGCACACUGUCUCAAAGUUUACCAAGAGAUUCAGAUAUUUUGGGAAAGGACUGUCGGAUGUCGGGAACCAGGGUCCAUGAUGCCUCCAAACAGAAGAUGGAGAAACCCUUGCAACUGGUUUAUAACAAGGAUGGGAAGCUACAGCUUAAUCCAGAGGCUCUGAAGGUCCUCCAGUCCAUCGAGGAUCCAAUGGUUGUUGUGGCUGUGGUUGGUGCUGCUCGUACAGGGAAGUCCUACCUCAUGAACUGUCUUGCGGGAGACAAGACGGGAUUCUCAAUGGAUUCAACCACGCAGGCUCACACCAAAGGAAUAUGGAUGUGGAUUCGAUCCCUCCCUCAGAGACCUAAUGAGGUCCUCCUGUUGUUGGACACCGAGGGUCUGGGAGAUCCUGAGAAGGGAGACAGCCAGAAUGAUAAUUCCAUCUAUUUACUGGCUAUCCUUCUGAGCAGCAUCCUCAUUUACAAUGGUCAAAGAAACAUAGACCAGCAAUCCCUGCAAGACCUACAUUUUGUGACUGAACUGUCCAAGCGGAUCCUGAUGAAGUCCCAGCCUGAUGGCUGCAAUAGUUGGGACUUCGUCCGUUUCUUCCCUGAAUUUCUCUGGGUGAUUCGUGACUUGACACUGGAUUUGAGCGUCGAAGGCAAAGAUGCGACUCCGAUUGAGUACCUGGAGCACAUUCUGAAACUGAAGGACAGUGAAAUCAGUGAACAGGACAAGAAAUAUAAUGAACUCCGCAGGUGUAUCCAUGAUAAUUUUCCCUCACGUUGUUGCUUUGCAUUUCCCAUUCCAACACACUGGAAGAAACUCAAGCAGCUCCAGGAAUUGGAGGAAAAGGAUCUGGAUAAGGAUUUUAUCAAGGAGCGGCAGAACCUCAUCGAUUACAUUCACACCCACAAGAAAGUCAAGAGGGUUCUUGGAGGUCAGCUGGUCACAGGCAGGAGAUUUGUUGAAUUGACCAAGACAUACGUUGGCAUGAUGGUGGAUGGGGUCCAACCGUGUGUGGAGAGCUGUGUCGCCAAGUUAAUGGAGAUGGAAAAUCAAGCAGCAGUAGAUGAAGCCCUGAAAUUCUUUGAUACUGAAAUUAAAAAAUUCUCAGAAUCUGGCUGUGUUACUGUGAACAAACUCAUAGAGAAUUACAAUAUGAACAGCAUAGAGGCAUUCAAUAUCUUCCACAAAAGAUCUAUGAAUAACAACAGCGGCAAAUACAUCCAGCAGCUGGAGGAGAAGAUGAGCUCUACUUACAAGUCUCUCAUGGUCAAGAUCAAGGAAAAGUUAGAAGAGGAAUGUGAGACACAUCUAAAAGAAGUAAUGUCAUCAAUUAAAGAAAACCUGACAUCUGGACAUUACCAGAGACCUGGUGGUUUCCAGGAGCUGAAGGAGAAUCUUGAUAAGGCGAUCAAGGAGUAUGAAGAAAGGACUAAGAAUGAGAUGGAGGGGUGGGCGGUCCUUACUCACUUCCUGGAAGAGGAAAAAGCACGUCUAGACCAUGUACAGGAAAUGGACAGCAAGCUGACAGCAGAACAAAUGCGUGUCUCUGCUUUGGAACAGGAGCUCUCGAGGGUGAAACAGGAGAUGAAGAUGAUGGAGCAGAAGAGGAAAGUAUUUGAGGAAUGCAGGAAUAAGGAAAUCAUGGAGCAGAUCAGGAAAAGAUUUGAGGAGGGUAAAACGUGCAGUGUGGAAGAGCUGAAGGAAGCCAAGGAGCAUAUGAGGAGUGAGAUGGAGAAAUACGAAGUUGAAGGCAGGAUGGAGGAUGCGCAAAGGGCUCUGCAGAGGUACGAGUACCUGAAGAGGAAAUAUGAAGAGACAACAAACUGGAGUUUUAUGACAUUCAUAAGGGAGAAUGCUGAGAAUUUUGCCACACUGGUAUCUGUACUGGGUACUAUAGCACAAGUUAUUAUAUCCAUAGUAAGAAAGUAGUCAAAAAAGAUGUGUACAUUUAAAGUGGGGUAGGCAUUUUCUCCCAGUUUAUCCAUAGAUUCUAGCUGGUGAAUCUCAGAACCACAAGGAUGUGAAUGAGAUUAUCAUUUCCACAUGACCCAGUGUAAUAUGUCCCACACAUUAAAUCCCCUUACACAGCCCACAGACACUCCCUCCCAUCACCUGUAUUUCCCCACCCACUGAAUCCACUGAAUCCUUUCCUGCAGCCUACAGUGCUCUCCCAAACCCAUUGAGUUCCCUCCCACAGUCCAUGGACAUUUCCCCCAAAACUACCCCCAACCACCCACUGAAUCCUCUAUUUUGUAGUCAAUGCAAUGCAUGAGAAACACAACACUCAAUAAUUAUGCCUGCUAACUUUUCUUGAUUAAUCAUGGUUCGUUCAAACACAUCAAAGCUUUAGCAUGUAGUUUCAAACAAUUCUGGUUACUUUCUGGUCUCACAACCUCUACUUGAGUUCAUACAUUACCUGCUCCAGGUGAAUAUGUCCAGAUUUCAAUGCAGUGAGUUCUCCUCCGAGACAGGGUUGUGGACAUUUCUUCAGCAUUUGUUGGACUCCAGAGUUACCACCAAAUAUCUCAUACACAUUUUAUGCAUUCCCGCAUAAAGGUUCCAGACUCUGCCUAGUCAUUGGUAGCUAAUUAUAAAAGCUACAUGUCCAGUUCUUAUCCAUGUUUUUUCAAUCCUCUCAUAUACCCUUCCACGCUGUACCACAAUUACCUGAACUACCAGCUCUUUAAUUAUAAGGGGGUAUGUUUAUCCUUGGACAAUUCAUCAAACUCUCCCCUGUACAGAAUGUCAGCUUCCACAUCCUACUUAUCUGCUGGUUCAGUGAUCUGGGUUAGCGGUCAUCUCUAUUCAAUACUGACCCUGUGUUGAUAAUGUGUCCUUCCUCCACUCUGCUCUGUGUUCUGUGGAUCUCUCUGUCACCAGCAGAGUUCCCUCCCAGAGGCUGAUGGGAACUUGUCAUCUCUCUCUGGCUGUUACAUUCCCACCAUCAAUCCACAAUCAGUGUGAUUACUGGGUCACACUAAUUAUCCAGGCAAUAAAUCUGACCGCCAGCAAUGAACAAUUGGAAGCUGAAAUGCAAGAACAGAUGAACAUUCAGCAGAGAUAUGCGAGAGUGCAGGUGCUGGAAUCUGGAACAAAAACAGGGAGAUGGAGGAAUCUUCAGUGGGUCGAGCAGCAUCUGUUGGUGGGGGUGGGGGAGAAGGGAUUGGUGAUGCUGGGUCAAGAUCAUGUAUUAGAACUGAUAGAGGUGUCCUCAGCAGAGGGACCUGACCCAAAAUGUCGACAAUUCCUUUCCUACCACAAAUACUGCUUGAUCCACAGAGUUCCUCCAGCAGGUUAUUGCUUUAUACAAGUUGAGUGAAAAAUUUUGGCUAAUAGAUUUGUUAAGUAACAUAGAUGCUACAUUUAACCACAAUAUAACUUUAUGAACAAAUCAGUAAUCUUUCCAAUUUGCCAAAUCAAUGUAACGGUAAUAAUAAGAAUCAGGAUAUAUCUGUGUGGAUAAACUUAGAUAUUGGAUCCACAUCCCACCACAUGGAAGUGUGGAUUUAAAUACUAGCUGUUUGUAUAUGCUGUGAACUUUAAUAAAGGACUGGUGUGAAGCAGAAAAUUGUUCUCUAUUGCAUUUAGGACACUCUGGGCA